AUGAGCAAGACACUUGACACCUCAAAACGCGAGCAGACGAUCAACCUCGGUGCUGGUCCCAGCUCGCUCCCCACCUCGGUCCUGCUCGAAGCUGCCCAGGGCAUCCUCGACUAUGACGGCACAGGCAUGGGCCUUGUCGAGCUUUCGCAUCGAUCAAAGACAUUCCAAAAGCUGAUGGACAAGACAGAAGCCGACGUGCGAGCUCUCCUCAAUGUCCCGGAUACCCACGCCGUCCUCUUCCUUCAGGGUGGUGGCACGGAGCAGUUCUCGGCUACGGCGCUAAACUUGCUGGCUGCGCACGCCGUCAAGAAUCCAGACUACUUCAAGUCGAACGGCAACAAGGGCCCACCCUGCGACUACGCCGUGACUGGCUCGUGGACCGCCAAGGCUGUCAAGGAAGCUGCUCGCUUGGGUGCCACCACCAACGUCGCGAUUGACUCACGAAAGGUCGACGGCGCCAACGGCAAGUUCGGCUCGAUCCCACCCGUCAGCGAGUGGAAGCUGAGCCCAGUCGAGAGCAAGCCGGCCAUGCUGUACUACUGCGACAACGAGACGGUCGACGGUGUCGAGUUCCCCAACCCCGGUUUCCCGAUCAACGAUCUGCCAGAGGACUACCGCAAGGAGGUGCCCCUCGUAGCCGACUGCUCGAGCAACAUUCUCUCUCGCCCCAUCGACGUCGCUGCGCACGCCAUUGUCUUCUUUGGCGCCCAGAAGAACGUUGGUCCCUCCGGUACCACUGUCGCUAUUGUUCGCAAAGAUCUCAUCGUUGAUCCCGACCAAGGCGUGCCGAACGGAGGCCCGCGCAUCCCCACCACGCUGGUGUACAAGAACAUGCUCGACAACGGCUCGCUGUACAACACCCCACCCAUGUUUGCCAUCUAUGCCUCUGGUCUCGUCUUCGCAGACUUGCUGCAGAACAAGGGUGGUGUCGCCGGUGCGACGGAGCGAUCCGAGAAGAAAGCCUCGCUCAUCUACGGCCUGAUCGACAAUAGUGACGGCGUCUACCUGCCAACGGUGCGACAGGCUUCCGCGAGGAGCAGGAUGAACGUCACCUUCCGCAUCUCAAGGGCGGGAGAGAAUAAGCCCGAUGAGGCACUGGAGGAGGCUUUUGUCAAGAGGUGCGCCGAGAGCAACAUCGUUCAGGUCAAGGGCCACCGAUCCGUGGGCGGCAUCCGCACCAGCCUGUACAACGCUGUAACGGUCGAGGAGACACAGAAGCUGGCAGAGGUCAUGACAAGCUUCAUGGAGGACGUCAAGGCUGGUAAGCUUUGA